UGACGAUGCUCGCUGCUGCGGCUCCAUGACCUCUAUGCACGUGUCGGUGGCGGGUCGCGCUCGGGCUUGCCGAUGCCCUCUGAGGUCUUAAAGGAUGCCACAACUUGCUCGCCGUCGUAGGAAUGGGGAAUUCCCACCGCUGGCGGCGGAUGGAGCACGCGCGCGCGCCUCUCCCCGACAAGGCGCCGCCAGCUGCUCCGCCGGGGGGAGGAGGAGGCAUGACGGACGCACGCAUGGACAUCCCCGUCAGAAGCAGCAGCAGCAGCGCGUUCUGCGUCGACGCGUACACGCAGGACCUGAGCAGGGAGGGCGUGCGCGUGUGCGGCGUGUGCGGCGACCACGCCACGGGCUACCACUUCAACGCGAUGACCUGCGAGGGCUGCAAGGGCUUCUUCAGGAGGAGCAUGAAGCGUGAUGCGACCUACACCUGCCCGCUGGGUGGCCACUGCACCAUUACCAAGGACAACCGGCGUCACUGCCAAGCAUGCCGGCUCAAACGCUGCACGGAGAUCGGCAUGAUGAAGGAGCUGAUAAUGACGGAGGAGGAGAUGCAACGCAAGAAGGAGAUGAUGAUCAAGCGGAAAAUGGAGUGUGACGGCAGCGAGAGGGUGCGGCUGCAGCUCAGCGACGAGCAGGACCGGCUCAUCACGGACCUCAUCGAGGGUCACCGCAAGACUUACGACGACACCUACUCCGACUUCUCGGAGUUCCGACCGCCGGUUCGGAAGAGUGACAAAAGCUCAGAGGAGGGGUUCUGCUUGUCACCAAUGGGCUUACAUCUCGAGAAAAGCAACUCCACCUGCUCGUCCCCGACCUCUGCCCUGAGCGUGGGCAUGAGCUUGGGGAACAUCUUCAGCAUCCUGCCCAUGUGCACGGACGAUGGGAGCGACGAGGUCACGGCCAAUCCGCCCUUGACCAUGCUGCCGCACCUCGCCGACCUCGUCAGCUACAGCAUCCAGAAGAUCAUCGGCUUCGCCAAGAUCCUCCCCGAGUUCAAGGAACUCCACACCGAAGACCAGAUCGCGCUGCUCAAGUCGAGUGUGAUCGAGAUCAUCAUCUUGCGCUCCAACCAGUCCUUCUCCUUGGAGGACAACUCCUGGACGUGCGGCAGCAACGAGUUCAAGUACUGCAUCACGGACGUCACCCAAGCAGGCCACUCCAUGGAGCUCAUGGAGCCCCUGGUGAAGUUCCAGGUUGCCCUCAAGAAGCUGAAUCUCCAUGAAGCGGAGCAUGUGCUGCUCAUGGCCAUCUGCAUCUUCUCUCCAGACCGUCCAGGCGUGACGGAUCGUGACCGCGUGGAGGCUUGCCAGGAGCGGCUGUCGGAGACGCUGCGCACCUACAUCUCGUGCCACCACCCGCCGCCGGGCGGCCACCUCCUCUACCCCAAGAUGGUGCAGAAGCUGACUGACCUUCGCAACCUGAACGAGGAGCACUCCAAGCAGUACCUGGAGAUCUCUCGCAAGGAGGGCGCCGUUGACGACCUCACGCCCCUUCUCGUCGAGGUGUUCGGCUCCCCGCUACCCUGAGCCAGGGGCCCAUUGCGCUGGCCUUCUUCUCGCUGCUCUUCCCAGAAUGCUAUUCUUCGUCUUCACUCUAUCCUUGCUGCCCUUCUUCUCACUGCUCUUCCCAGAAUGCUCUUCUUCACAAUAUCCUUGUUGCACUUCGUACCGCCCUGCUUACGUUCUCACUUCUUCUCUCAGUCCUUCAUGCUGCCCCUUGUACAUGUGCUGCUUUUCUUCACACUUAACUUUAUCUUGGCUGCCCUUCUUGACGCUGCCCAGCCACCCCGCGUGGUCUACUGUCACGUGCGCGCGUGCGCCCGACGCAUGUAAUGACGCAUCGAUCGCAUACGACUCUCACGCUCGCAAUACGAGCGUCGAGUUAUGUGCAUGAUAAUCCGUGAUGUUGGACGUGUAGAGGGCUGCACCGUGCAGCUAUUCGUCGAAUUGUGUCCCCAUUACCUCCUUGCAACCACUACAGGGGAGUUGGGGGAGAAUCUUUACAUGCCUAUCACUGUACCUACUUCGGCUGUGCAUCUUAGGAUGUUCAACAAGUGAUUAAGGUUCGUUAUCAUCAUCGUCAUAAUCAGUCACGAUUCAUCCGCUGCUGGAUGACAGCCUCCCCGAACCGUUGUUAUUCCUCGCAGUCACAGCCUCGUGGUGUAAAACAAAACAAAAACCCCACCCUGUUCCUGCACAUGAGCUCAUUCCAUCGCUCCGUCUUCUGCAGGCGGGGGUGCUGUCGAGCAUGUUGACAAGAAAGGACGUGAUUAUCCAUGUCUGGCAACAUUGCUCCCACGUGGUUUAUUGCGUCUCGUCAACCGAGUGGUCCCACCACGAAAGCGUUGCCUGCAGAGCGUUACGAUCUUUAAAACAAGUUGUUGUUUUUUUAGAAUGCAUUCCAACUAAGGUUGGAGGUAUUCACGCAUCAGCUCUGUUCGUCUGCCUGUAUGUAACGGAGGGAUUCGUGAUAAUUCUCGUAAGGAUGAUCCAAUAUGCACAUCCUUUUGAGAAUUAAGUUGCGUUACUAUUAAGCCAAAGAAAAACCUCUCACAACGAUCAAACCAUUGCCUAAUACUUCACGACGUCAUUUCGUGUCACCUCAUGUCAUCGUGAGGUCAUUAUUGCUCAUGUUAUAUCUCCGAGCACAAACCGCACCUGGGAACCGUUAACGGAAUCCACGCGGACGCACGAGUUUCCCCCCGAUGACCUUCAACGGAGCUUCAAACUCGUGCGGGACACAGCCCGUGCAGGACACACGGGCCAACGUAGCGUAGCUGCAUGGUCAGAGCCGUUUUUUGUGGUUUUCUGUGGUUGUGUGUUCCUGUGAGGAGGAGUCUCGGCACCAGUGGUGUUAGGGUUGGGCACAGCUCACAAGGGGCUCUGAUGCGACCCUGGUCUGGGCUCAGCUCGGUUCCUCUCGCCUGGUCAUUUUUGCAGAAAUUUUGGCAAUUCGUUUCAUAGGCAGCGUAAUUAUUUGAAGCAUCGCUUUGUUUUUGUUUACAUAGCUCAGCUAAGCACACGUGCAAUGCGCUGAAAAUACGUCAGUAAGGUAUGUAUUUGUAAUCUGCCACUCUUAAGACCGUUUUAGAGCGUGUAUUGUUGUAUUACGUGUGGUGCCGUGGGUGCAUGGGCGACAGACAAUCUCGAUGUUUGUACUACGUUGAACUUCUUUCGUAGCGUACCAACCAUGCGAAUUGUGCACUCGCAUCAGCGGUCUACUUAACAGCCGAGAUGGCCUCACGUCACAGCAAACAGAGAUCAUCACUGUCUUUAGUCAGAUCGAUUCAAGAACUUUAAUUUUUUUUGUCCAGUGUAGCAGCGAAUGCUCACACCUCUUGAGUUGCUGGGGGGACGAUGCGAGUGCAUUGUAUGCGAACUUAAAAACAUAUUCCUGUGUAAGUGAUUCGUUGGGUGUAUCGUGAGCUUAACGAUCGAUAUUGAUCAAUGAACAGAUUUGCCUCAUCCAGCAGUCAUCGUCAACCAGAACUGGUUCCCAUGACUGCUGUAUUGAUAUUCCAAUCUGCCCUCAAUGUAUUCAGAAAACUCUAUGGAUCGUUAUUAUGAAUCAGUAUUACAUAAGGUUAUUGACCCAGUGUUUACGCGAGAUGUAAACUGCUUCGCCUGGUAUACAGGAGAUCGCGAGUUCGAUACCGACCCUGACGCCUGUAUAUUUGCAGUUUGCAUGUUCUUUCUUUUCCCGUGAUCGCGUGGAUUUUUCUCCAGGUCCUCCGGGUUUUCCCUCCACAUUUAGAAUCAACAUCACGCGUUUAGAUUAUUUGGCUGCUAUAGAUUUCCACGUGAUAAGCCACUUCGUUGAGCUAUCAUUUGUGGCCAGAUCACUUCUGAAAACAUAUAGAUCGGUGGGCCUUACCUGGUAAAAUAAAAAGUUUACUUUUAGAAUGGACCUCAAUGCCAGUGCCAGUGUUGGUUUUGCACUCGCUUUACUGACCACCAUUCAUCAGCCUGUGACCCACGAGGUCAAAGCUCCCCGGUCCUCCUCGCUCGUUCGACAACCUCCUUCGUUUCGGGGUGUCAAAGCCAAGUCGCCACGUGGGUCAGGAUUCUGCCAUUGGUGAAACGCGGCUUGUGUGGUCUGGGGAGGGACGAUUCGAAUUCGCGAUGAGAUUCUGUGUGCAUGAACACGUGUGUUCCCAUGCGGAGGGGAGCGGUAGUGCAGUGGCUAGCGGCGCACUGCGCUACUCGAACCCGGCGACCCGAGUUCAUUUCUCGCUCACGGUCAACAUCGGUGAUGAAUAUCUCAAACAGUCCUCGGCCUCCAGUACGUCGACUCAGCCUUCAAUGAGUACAUCACCAUUGGGGAGACAAAGACGGCCAUGUGUAGCGCGGACUACUCACCCCCUUGUGUAUAUCCUUCCGACCUUCAUAGGUGCUCACUAACAGCACUUGCCACAAGAGCCCUAUUAAGGCUAUACGAGAGAUAUUUGUCUUCAUCCCAAGUGACGCAGAGGGACAUGAUUCAAUUUAAGAUGCAGAUAUCAUUGUGCGUGUGUACGUGCGUGCUCCCACUUGAUGACAUGUUUCUCCAUCAUCGGGCGUGUGCAGUGCGUGUAACAACUUAAUUUGCAUUUGAUCGGAGAAGAUUGGUAAAUACGGAAAGGCGGACUGCUGGGUCCGGAGGACGUGCGUUAACACAGUGCCUCGAAGUGCUUUGGAGUUGGACCGAGCGUUGUUCGGUCAUGGUGUCCAACUUUUCGCUCCACGUGCGGGGAGCCCUUCCAGUUGCCAGUCUAUGGAAACGAAACGCCCAAACAACAGACGCGGGCACGGCCCAAAAACUCGAAUCGGAGCUUUAACGGAGCAAAGCCGCGACAAGCCUGCGGGAUGAAUGAAUCGUUGUUUGCGGUGGUGAUGGUUGUGGUGGUACUGGUGGUUGCGGUGGUGGUUGUGGUGGUGCUGGUGGUAGUGGUGGGGAGCGGUAGUGUAAUGGUUAGCGCGCUGCGCUACGAAUCCGGCGACCCAAGUUUGAUUCCUGCUCACGGCCAACACCAGUGACGACUGUCUGAACCAGUCCUUGGCCUCCCCGAGGUCGACGCACCUGGUGCAGUGUGUAAACAUCGCCACUCGGGAGACAAAGGCGGCUGGACGUGGUGUUGGCCACCCACCCCCUCGUGUGCCCUGCCGGCCUUCAUAGGUGCUUGCUAACAGCACUUGCUCCAACAGUCUGUUCAGGCUAUACGGAGCAUCUUUGUCUUUGUUUGGUGUGUGCGAAGCCUCGUGGUGCUUACCGGUACCAAUGGGACAUUCGAAGCGUUCACGAAUUUUCAGCGUCGCGAUUCAAUCCGAGAAUUAAUUGAUUGUUAAUUAGCCAUCGUCGUCGCCGCCGCCGGCCGUGGUGAACGAACGUAGCUCAGAAUCGGAUAUAUUAGAAUGUUUGUUUAAACCUGUAACGAGGUGCAGCAUGGUUGACGCACGUGCUGUGAAACAAAUUUACACGUAAAUUUUUUUCACAGAGCGUGCAUCAUUGGCCCUUAACAACGCUUCAAGUGACCGAAAAAUCCGACCGGGACAAAGGCACGGCUUUCUAGGUGAGCACACAAGACUAAUAUUACCUGCUUCAAAUAAAAAUUAAAAUAUAAAAAAAAUCUUAGAUGCAUGCUAAGAUGGUACACGCCAGAGAAAUCGGUGCGUGAAUGACUAAUGGACACUGCCAGGCAACAUGAUCUUCUUCUUCUUGUUCGCCCAUCAAAGUUGAUGGUGACCAUGGCACGUUUGUCAUUUUUUUGGGUUUUGAUGAGUGCGCAGAUGGCUGAACAGGCCAAUCCGAGCCCGGAAUUCUCUGUGGCACACUGGACAGGUCAGGGAGGAUGUAGAGCUCUGAGGUGCAGCCACAAGUCCUUCCUUGGUAGAUUUGCGCUGCUGCCUCUUCAAGAUAGCACAGGAGCUUCUCCUACUCUCACUGAGGACUGCACCGUCCUGUACUUUUCUUCUCCAGGCAGGUCGGUCCUGUGCUAGGGAUUGCCAGCUUUCCAGGUCGAAUCCAAAUAAGGGUGUCCUUGUAGCGCUUUUUGGGGCCACUUGUGCUCGCUUGCCAUUCUUCAGCUCGCCAAAGAAGACUUGUUUUGGAAGUCUCGCGUAGGGCAUUCUGGUCACGUGGCCAGUCCAUCUAAGCUGUUCCUUCGCAAGCAAGGUGUAGAUGCUUGGGAUAUUUGCCUUGCUGAGGACUUCCGUGUCAGGGAUUCUGUCUUGCCACUUGAUCCUCAGCAGUUUCCUCAGACAGCUCAAGUGGAGAUGAUUUAAUUUCUUGGCAUGGCGCUGGUAAAUUGUCCAGGCUUCGCACCCAUACAGAAGAGUUGGUAAGACAACAGCCCGGUAGACCUUUAGUUUUGUCUCCUGCUUGAUGCCAUUCCUUUCCCAUACCGAGUCACGUAGACGCCCAAAGGCUGCACUGGCCUUGACAAUCCUGAUGUUAACUUCAUCAUCUAUGUGCACAGCGCGAGACAGUGUACUACCAAGGUAAGUAAACUUGUCAACGGCUGAAAGUUUUUGCCCAUUGACAAACAUGGUUGGCUCAGGGUAGGGUUUCCCAGGAGCAGGUUGGUAUAGGACUUUAGUCACGUAGACGCCCAUGAUAACAACGUACAGUACAUCCUUGUUUGUCAAUCCACUGCUGGUUGAUGGCCUCCCUAACGUCAGUGUAGGUCGUGAGGGUUUUUAUGACCAUACUUCACCACACCGGUCGAUGUCAGUUGAUGAGGUGGGCGCCCAGAACCGGUUAAGAUAUCACUCGCAGACUUAUGUUAGUCAUGGCGAGGCAUCAAACCAAAGUUGGCUAGGUUCAAAAUUCACUGCACGAACCACUGGGGAGCUGCUCUCCCCCCCCCCCCCCCCCAGUCCAGUGCUCGCCGAGCUGCAUUGCCUUCUGGUUGCCGAACAAGUACAUUGUGCGGUUGCACUCAUUACACACAAAGUGCUUGCCACGAAUGAACCACAAUACCCUGCCGAUCUCGUCAAGGAGCAUAAACCAUCAUCACGCGAACCAUCAAACAAAGGCGGUGUUCACAGCACGGCGCUUUCAGAUGCGCUUCUGCGGCCAUCUGCAAAGCUCUUAUUUCCGAUAUUAAGAAGCCACUGGAGCUAUGCACUUUUAAAUAUACUGUCGUUUGAAAAGAAUUUCUUUAGAACGCACCUCCGAUUAGCAUGGUUGGCUACGUACGAUGCGGCGAAAAAAGUCCAACACGCAUAGUCCAUUAUACAGUUUACCUGCUCAGGAUUGUGGUUUAAGAAACAUGGAAAUGAACUCGACACGAUGUAGCAGCAGCUGUAAAAUGUGCAAAGAAGCAUGGAGGUGCAUGCUUGGAAUUACACUGGGAAACAGAAAUUAGAAAACACACUUAGAACAGAAACAUGUCCGGUGGGCAAUACAAAAGGCGACCGGGUCAGAAAUCGAACCCAGGCGCCUCUUGCUUUUACCACUGCACCACUUUACCACCCAACGUGAACCAUUGACUCUGAAGUGUAUGUAUGUUGAACGUCUGUCGCACCGCACGUAGCCCACCGUGCUAAUCGGAGGUGCAGGGACAUUGGAAGUGCGGGAAACAAACAAUCCACCCAGUGCCCGCACGAUGCGCAAUUACGCCGCUCCGUCGCCAUCGUAGAUGCCCUCUUGCGUGCGUCCCAUUCCUUGGCUGCCACUCGGUGUCAUUAUAACUUUAAAUCUCGAAUUUAGAAAAGGACUCCGAGCUUACUUUUAGUCUGUCUCUUAGUUCCCCCGGUCUGCCUUCAUUUGCCAUCUAAAGUAGACGCACUCUGCUGUUCCCCACUCGUAUUGCCUUUUGGCAGAUGCCUCCAAAUGUUGAGCGUACUUGUCGGACGUGGCUUUUGUUUUGUUUGGGUUUAUUCCGUCUGGUCGAAGUUCUUCUCAAUUUAGCUGAUGCAUUCUCGAGUGCAGCGACAAAGACCAAUACUGGUCAGUGAGAUUGGUUUUUCUUUUCAGUUUUUUCGUUUCAGUUUCAUUUAUUUGCUAUAGCCCUGUGAGCCAUUCGGCUCUUAAAACAGGUGCAAUCACAACAAACAAAAUUCAAAACAUGAACAAGAAAACAUCUUAAAGUGACUAUGCGCAAACAGAAAAAUCCAGGAAAAAACUGCAAAAAAUCUUCCACAAAAAAGCACCGUACACCAACGCUCUGUGCAAAAAUCCCGUGGGAUGCAAGUCAUAGUUUCUGAAGCGAAGGAGAAAAGUCUUGUGAGAAUUGAGCUCUAUUGAGUAAUCACGGGGGUAAUUUCCCACACCUCCGAUGAGUACAGUUGGCUAGGUAUCGUGCAAAAGAAGCUCAACAUACAAACCAACAUUCGUGGAUAGAGUGUUGGCGCACUAUGCUUGCCGCCCGGCGACCUUGACUUGAGAUUCCCGGCAAAGGCAAGCAUCGUUGCCGAGUGAUAUCCGAACCGGUUCCUGGGUUCACCCCUUUCAGUGACCCUCACUAGCAAGCGUGGCAAGGUAAUGGUCAACUGGUGGCAUGGCCUCGUGGUAGCGCACUAACCGCUUGUUGCAGAGCCCCAGCGGUUCCGAGUCGGCAGCCUUACCCUGGAUGUUGCUACGGGUGUAUUAGCCAUACUCUUAGUUAUUUCGGUAAAGUCACGUAGGUAAAAAAUGAAAUAAAAAUUAAUAUGAAGAAAACAAUAAAAUCACGACGUUUCAUUCAUUUUAAUUUCAUUUUUUACCUAUGCGACUUUACCGAAAGAACUAAGAGUAUGAAUCCUUGCAGUCAUGAAAGCUUCAAAUCUAGAAUUGUAUUAGCUAUAACGAUGCACCUCUUAUGCUUCACAGUGAACGUUCAAUAUCCGUUGUGUGCUGGCAUCAUGGUCCAAAUUUGGAGAGUUAAAAAAAAUCACCCGCGAAUUGCCCAAUUUAAAAUAUGUAAUGCGAGCAUAAACAGGGUGGUUGCUGGCCUCCGCGCCACUCACACCGGAGCGUGUGGGAGGAGCAACUGCUCACCUCGGCUCCAAUGGGAGACGAGGUGAAUGGGGGGCGGAGACGGGGGCAGUACGAGAAGGAGGAGUCAGGGUCACGUGAUGGGGAGGAUAUAGGGAGAGAGUCGGAAGAGAUCGGGGAGUGGGAACUGAGCGAGAAUAGGGGAGGCCACGCUGGGCAGUGUGGAGGAGCGGCGCCAUCUGCCACGUGGUCGUAGACCUAUGCACACCGUCGGCCAGCGGUGUGCGUGAGGUAGACGGGGCUAGCGGUGUGUGAGGGGCUAGCAGAGUGUGCGGGGCACACGUAGCUAGUGGGUGACUAGCGGAAUGUGCGGGGCACACGGAGCGAGCGGUGUGGCUGGCGGCGUGUGCGGGGCACACGGAGAGAGCGGAGCGGCCACACGGAGCGUGCGCGGGGCGCGCGGGGAUCUGCGCAAGUUCGGACGAGAACCAGCGGGGUGAGAUACGAAGAACCUAAAAUAAACGACAACAGAGACCAAGAGAGCCUGACAGAGUCGUUUAUUACAAAUACAUACAGGAGCAGCAAAACCUAAUCUUAUUUUUUCAUACUUUGAUACUGGGGAAAAAAGGUCCUAUUUCGGAGCAGCAACAUUGCCUCCGCCCCCUUAUUGCGUAAAACUUCGCAGGACCCUCCUGAAAAAUAUGCAUGAGAUUUGGACUUUCCUGGGUAAACUAGGGCAGCAGCUUCUUGGUUAUUUCGGUAAAGUCACGUAGAAGGGAAGUAAUACAAUAAUAAAAAAUAAAACAAUAAAAUAAUUCUCACGACGUUUCGGCCACAACGCAAGCAGCCGUCCUCAGGUGAAGAACAUGUCUGUCGAUAAGACAGAGUCUAAAUGACACGUCUUAGGCUUGGAGUGUCUAUUUA